ACCAUUUCUCAGCUCCUGUGCUUUCGCCAGACCUACCUUGAAGGCGACAGACGUUAGCGGCAGCCAGACAACUAAUAUUACAAUUGCACAAGGAUUUAUCUGUGUUAAAAUGUUUAAAAGAAAGCUUACUGCACUGGAUUACCACAACCCCUCUGGCUUUGACUGUAAAGAUGAAACGGAAUUCAGGAAUUUCAUAGUGUGGCUAGAGGAUCAAAAGAUAAGGCAUUAUAAGAUUGAAGACCGAGGUAACCUGCGCAACAUCCCUAGCUCUGAGUGGCCCAAAGCCUUUGAAAAGUAUCUUCAAGAUGUGAGUUGUCCAUUUAGUGUCCAGGAGAGACCGGAGUGUGUGGACUGGUUGCUUGGCCUUGGUGUCCGACUGGAGUAUGGUGAUAAUGUGGAGAAGUACAGGAACUGCCCCCCUCUUGCAGCAACCAAUAACACCCAGAAGCCCAUAGAUCCGCUUAUCAACUUGGACAUCAACAACCCUGACUUCAAAGCUGGUGUCACUGCCCUGUCCAAUCUCCUUCAGAUCCAGCGUCAUGACGACUAUUUAGUGAUGCUGAAGGCUAUAAGGAUUCUCAUUCAAGAGCGACUGACUCCUGAGUGCAUCGCGAAAGCAAACCAGUCAAAAGAGGGCUUACCUGUUGCACUGGAUAAGCAUAUCCUUGGCUUUGACACAGGGGAUGCCUCCCUGAACGAAGCAGCUCAGAUCCUGCGCCUGCUGCACAUUGAGGAGCUGCGUGAGCUGCAGACGCGGAUCAACGAGGCCAUCGUGGCUGUGCAGGCCAUCAUCGCAGACCCCAAAACAGACCACCGCCUGGGGAAGGUUGGCAGAUGACCAGCCUCUUGGAUCCACAUCCUUCUCUCCCCCUUCAACACCCCCACAUGCUCAAAGAAGAGUUUAGGAGACUACAGACAGUCCCCCCCCCCCAAUGAGAACACCAAGCCAUGGAGGACCAUGCACUUGCUUUUUAUUUUCAACCCACACUGUAUCAAAAGACUGUUUCUGGAGUGUAAUUUUUCUGUUUCAAAGUGCUGAACAAUGGUCGUAAAGUGGGAUUUGCGCGGCAUCCCUCACAGCCUCUCCUUCCCGUUUGGUUUUAAUUUGGCCUUUUUCUUCUGAAUGUCCUCGUUAAACGCUGUGAAUGGUAAUGACAUGCAGAAAACAGAUAUGAAAUGUCUGAGGAAAUGCA